AGUGAAGUUAGCUUAGCACUCGUGGGGACGAUCGGUAGUAGGCUCUAUUCAGCACAACGUCCAAGAAACGCUCAAGAAAACUGGAAAACGAAUGACCUAUAAAAGAGAUUUGAGAGACAGCCUCACUCCAUGCUUUCGUACCAGUUUCUCGCAUUUUACCGAGAAAAUCUCACGUCAUUUCCAAGAAAAAGCCCUACCACCGUAUCGUUUCCAACCUGUAAGAGAUGUUUCCUCAUCAACCGCGGCCCUGUGCCCGUCAGGAGAAACCCUAACUCUAAACCAAAACCCUCGCGUUGGUUCCGGCCAUCAACGCAAUGACCGGCCGCAGGGGAUUCGUGGGGCCCGAGCUCACCGAGGCGCUCUAUGGAUCCCACCCAACCGCGGCCCUCUGCCCGUCAGGAGAAACCCUAACUCUAAACCUAACCCUCGCGUUCGUUCCGGCCAUCGACGCAAGGCCCGGCCGCAGGGGAUUCGGGGGGUCCGAGCUCACCGAGGCGCUCUAUGUGGAGAAAAAGAUAGCUACCAUUCAUAAUGUUUUUGCUAUCAUAAGGGGAUCUGAAGAGCCUGAUCGCUAUGUCCUGCUUGGCAACCACAGAGAUGCAUGGACAUAUGGAGCUGUUGACCCCAAUAGUGGAACUGCAGUGCUACUUGACAUUGCUCGUAGAUAUGCUCUUAUGAUGCGUCAGGGGUGGCAACCUCAGAGGACAAUUGUUCUAUGCAGUUGGGAUGCAGACGAGUUUGGGAUGAUAGGAUCUACUGAGUGGGUCGAACAAAACCUUUUGAAUCUGGGUUCUAAAGUUGUAGCAUACCUUAAUGUAGACUGUGCAGUUCAAGGACCAGGCUUCUUUGCUGGUGCAACGCCUCAGCUAGAUAAUCUUCUCAUUGAGGUUGCAAAGAAGGUCCAGGAUCCUGACUCAGAGAGCAUGACCAUAUAUGAUAACUGGAUGAUUACAAAUAAAGUCAUCAAUAUUCAAAGGCUAAGUGGAGUGGAUUAUGAUUUUGCUCCACUUUUGCAACAUGCAGGGGUUCCUUCUGUUGAUUUAUACUAUGGAAGAGAUUUUCCAGUCUAUCACACUGCUUUUGACUCCUAUAACUGGAUGACAAACCAUGGGGAUCCAUUGUUUCAACGUCACGUGGCUGUAGCUGGAGUUUGGGGACUUCUAGCUCUUCACCUGGCUGAUGAUCCUAUUUUACCUUUCAACUAUGUCUUACACAGAACAAUUAUGGAACUACACAAAUCUCCUACGCAACUUGGUGAAAGGUAAUGUAUCCCUGCACCCUAUAACUGCAUCCAUUCAGGAACUCACCUCUGCAGCCGAAGAAGCUGAGGGAGAAGCAUCUAGCAGUCCCUAUGGCCAACUUGACAAGGAACAAUGAAGAUAGCCUCUGGACGUCCAUUUGAUGGGUGCAAGGCUGCUAGAUUUUGCAAUUCUUAGACCAUACUUGCAACAUCCUGCCAUCAGUCAUGACCCAGCAACAGUGACAUCUAAAGGACUGCAAUCAAUUCUUGCCGGUUUUGAACUAAUCCCAAGGCAGUACUAGUUGUAGGAAGAAACAACCUAUACACUCUUGGAAUUGGAAACAACAGAGGGGUUAGAUACUCAACUCCAUGAGACCAGAUGGAAAUUACUUAUUUUUCGUUGUAAAUCAAGUUGGGUAAUUAGUUGGAUUUAUUUUUAUUUUAUUUUGCAUGUUUAUCUUUGUAGGUUUAAUUUACAUCUCUUGUACACUAUGGUUAAGAACACAAUACUAUUAAAAGAUUCAAAGACAAAAGAUGCUCUUUGUGAUUUAAUGGGGAUAUGUGCUACCAAAUACCACUAUACGGUGCAAUCAUGUGUUGUUGGUAGUUUGGUUGGUUCUCCUAUCAUAGAGGUUGGAAGGAUAAACCGAAAAGACUAUGUGAAGGACAAAGUUGGGGCUAUAAAUAUCAGACGUUGCUUUCUUGUGGAGCUCGUUGAUAGAUUUGCAAAGUUGAUUUUAGCCAACAUAGGUUGUCCUGUAUUUUCUCAGGACUAGUCCACUUAUGAAGCCGUGGAGAAUGUGUUUGUUACCAUAUAUAUCAAGAAAAGUUUGUUUUCUUUUAUUAUCCUAAAUAUUCAUGGCAUCUAAACAAGUGGGGUAAAUCUUUUGGUUCAUGAUUUAUAUUUAGUUUUCUUAUCAAUGGUGUUUUUUCCCAUCAACAAUUGAUAAAACCCUCAAAUAUUCUCAACUAUGAGAAAUGGGAAGAAAAGAAAAAAAUAAAAAAAUAAAAUUAACUAUCAAUUGAACAUUUGAGUAAUCCAUUGUUUUUUUAUAUUAUUUUUUAAUAAUUUUUAUUUGAUACUUGGUGAACGUUCUCUCUUGUGCAUCAACAAAUUCAACUGCUCUGUGUAGUUGAGUUAAGUUUUCACUUUUCAAGUUAGAUUCAAAUAUCUAUUUUAUUCUCAUUAGUCAUUUUUCUAAGUAAAGAUAUUGACAUUAGUUAUUUUGUAUAUUUUAACCAUUUUUUUUUUUUUAAAGAUUUUAAUCUUUUUUUCUUCUUAUGCAAAUAGAUGUAUUAUUUGAUCUCUCUUGGAAAGAGCUUUUUUGUCUCCAAGAGUAAGACGUGUUUGAUCAUGUAUGUUCAUUAAUCAAAGGUUUCUCUAGUCUCACACUAUCUUGUAAAUUAAAUCUUAGGGAGAGUCCUAGGCCCAAUCUCAACGUUCUUCCAAAGGUGGAUUCUCCAUCUCGAGUUACUUACGAUUUAUUGAUAGUGUACUGAUCCUUGAUUGGGUAGCCUCACAUUGGAUUGCUUUUAAAACCUAUACUUUUUUGCUUCUCGAUAUUGUCCUCAUUCUGGGGUUUAAUAUUGUUUUCAAGAACUUCAAGGUUGCUUGAACUGCAUGCUUGAAUUGGAAACAUUACUCUUACAAGUUUUCUAAAAAGUGAAAGAAAAAACUAUUGUCUAAUAAGGAGACCCUGAUAUUUGGCAUUCUGAAAAGCUUAAUCACCAGUUUUUGGCUGCUAGAUAACUUAUGGUAUGCUGUUACUGAUAAUGUUAUUGAUUUUAUAUAUGCAAUUCAUCCAACUACUGAAACCUUAGUUGUUGACUUGAGGAAAAUGUCUCUUAGUUGCAAAAUUACAUUGAAAGUGGUAUCAUGCGUCCUUUCAACUGUUCUUGUAACAAAACUUAGUAGAUAUUUAUUCAUUAUGUUCCAUGCUGCUAUUAACCAAUUGACGCAUAUGGUGUCAUGUAUCCAAAUAGAAAUCUUAAUUGAUAGUUUUGGCUGCUAGGAAACAUAAUGGUAUGCUGUUGCUGAUAAUGUUAUUGCUACUAUUUAUGCUACUCAUCCAACUCCUAUGGAGAAAUAUGGAAGUUGUGGUUGAAAGGGUUUGCAACAGGUUUGGUGGAGUCACAUGUAUUGUUUAUACUAUUGUUUUAAUUCUAUUUUCAUCUAUCAUGUGCUAAUAUGACAACUUAUUAUCAUGUCAAGUUUUAAUGCAUGACUUCAUUAUAAGAUAUAAUGUCAUGGCACCUUGCAUUUUUGUUGAAUAUAGCUUACGCUUGGACUAGUCUCUUAUUUACCCAUAUUGGAGACAUACUUCAUUAAUAACCUAGCAAGAGUAAGGAGUUUGCAACUGGAACUCAAGUCUCGCAUUGAGGAGUUUGAGAAGCUUGACAAAUUCCAUAUGGAACAAAUGGAAGAAGAGGUUACUGCAAGAAAUGCCCAUACAUCAACAGAAAGUUGGUAGUUUGGAAUGUUUUAUGGUAGCUAAGAGCAGUGCAGAAGAAUUUUCAAAAACUGAUAUUGUUGAAGGAAUGUAUUCUCUUAGUUUGAGAAUGCGGUACGAUUUAAAAAUUCAGGGACAAAAGAUUUUCUAUGUCAUAUAAUUGGGACAUGUGCCACCAAAUUCCACUACAUGGUGCAGUCAUGUGCAUCAAUUUACACUUGAUGCAGAAGUAUGACUGUUACCACACCUCAAUGGCUGAUUCGAAGGACCAACCCAAAAGACUACGUGAAGGAUACUAUUAGUGUCGAAUGUAUUGGGUGCUUUCUUGUGUAGUUCAUUGACUGGCUUCCACAAUUGAUUUCAACCAACAUUGGUAUCUUGAUCACAAACUUCUUAGGAGAAUCUUAGAAGAUAAGGAAUGCUCUUGUUGGUGUAUUGGGAAAGUUGAUUAUGUAGGUCUUUACAGAUGUUGAGGGUAAAGUGAGUUCAAAAUCUAUUCAGCUUCAAACCAAGCAAGCCAUUUUGGAAAUAUUGCUAGAGCGAUGUCGAGAUGUUUCAGCUUAUUAUACUAGAAGUAAGGUUCUUCAAGUUUUGAGGAACUAUUUUGACAACAUUCUGUUUUAAUUUGCAUGCAAAAUGAGGUUGUUGUAGUUGCAGCAGGGAGGUUGGAGGAUAAGAAUGCAAUGGUAAGAAAAUCUGCAUUGAAUUUAUUUUUCAUUAUGUUGUAGCAUAACUCUUUUGGGCCACAACUUCAUAUAGCUUUUUUUCAAGUAGCCUUAGAGCAGUAGAAGAAUUUGAGUGACCUUCAACCAAUUGAUGUAUAUGGAGUCAUGUGUCCGAAGGAAGCUAUUUUCGGUGCUUCUAUUGAGAAGAACUUGAUUGGCCGCUAUACACUUUUCCAAUCAGAGCUUUGUAGAAAUUAAAUUGUAUUCUAAUGUUAAAUGAAUAUUGUAAGUAAUUUUCUUCCAGAUAUCUUUGGAAAAUAGGUUUCCAGUAGGUUUAGGUGGAGUCUCAGGUGUUCUUUAUGCUAUUAUUUCAAUUCUAUUUUCAUUCUAUCAUGUUCUAAUAUGCAUCUUUUUAUCAUGUCAAGUUUUUACACUUAUUCAUUAUAACAUAUAAUGUGAGGGCUCCUUGCAUUUCUUUUAACAUUGUGUAUGUUUGAACUGAUUUUAUUUCCUAAUAUACUCGUAUUGGAAACAUACUUUAUUGAGAAUUCUAGGUUAGAUGUAAUUUUUCAUUGUCCUUUACAAAGGUGAAAAUAUUAUUAUUAUUAUUUUUUCCAUAGUGAUAUUUCAAAUUUGAAUUUCAUCUUUUUUAAAAAUUCUGCUUAGGUACAUAUAUUGUUUUGUGCAUUGGUGUCUUGGACAUUCAGGCACACAUAGAUGCAAUAUCAUUGGCUAUAUCCAAAAGGUUUUUGCUGUAAUUCUUCUUGUUAAAAAAAUCAUCCUCAAUUUGCUUUCUAGCUAGUCGAAAACUGCAUUCAUUGUUUAAGCAAGAUACUGUAAAUCUCUACCAUUUGAUUUUAUACACUUCCUUUGAUUUGAUCUCCCAUAAGGGUAUACUUCUUGCUGCAUUAGCACGUUUUUAAAGAAUAAGGAGAUUGUCACUGUAUUCUACCUAGUCAUUCUGGUACUAGUUGUUGUUGCAACAACAUGUGGGAUAUCUGAAGGUGCUUUUCAUUUUGAUUUCUCAAAUAACUUUAUUUCUUCGUUUGUCUUGUAAUAUUUUCAAGGCGAUGUCACUUUGUUUAAUGAAAAAGUUUCAAACCAACUUGUAUGUACUUUGUGACGUGGUUUUUGGCUACUAUCGAGACUUGUCUUCGGUUGUAGAUGCUAGACAAUGGCUACCACCAACAUUUUUAGUUUCAUUAACUAAAAUGGAAAACCAAGCUAGAGAGAUGUUGUGAUAUCCUAUAUCAAUUUGGGGAAGAGGCUCCUAACACUAUAUAUGCAUAGGGACUAUUUGUUCCAUGCCAAGUCAUGGAAGCAUUUUGAUGAUUUUGAAUUCAUUAUGGGUUUGAAUGAUAAUUCUUUUGGUUUCUGUAAUUUCUUAUUAAGUAGUAUAAGCUGGAUGCACU